AAUUUCUAAUGCAGGGAUUUGAGAUGGCGUCCAAAAUCACGAUCCUCCCACUCCUCACAUAACAUUCCAUGAUUAUAUCUGUAUAAAGAAAAAUAAACUUAGGGUUAGGGUUUUACGGGAUUUUAGCUAUGGAGGUUGAAGAAGAAACCACCUCAAAUCACCUUCAAGAAUCUAUAGCAGCAGAAACAACAACAACCGUAAUCAAUGAAAUCUUGUUAGAAAACACUACUAGUAUUGAUAAACAAUCUGAAAAACAGCUAUCGAAUUUGGCACCCAAAUCAAACAGUCAUGAAGAAGAGGACUCCUCUGUUUCUGUUCCUAAAUCUGAGGUCUCAAAGGCGUUCGAUUCGGCAGCGGCGGGGGAAAAAGUAGAGGAGCCUAUUGUUCACUGCAGGAACUCGGAGUCGGUUGCGGCAUUGAGCGGUGUUGAUGAUAAUUCGGUUGUUGUUGAGCCGAUGAGGGUGGUGCAAGACUCCAAGGACGAGGAUGAUGGUGCCGUCAAAGAAAUUGACGUGGCAGCGGUGGAGUGUGGUGGCAGUGAGUUGACAUAUUCGGUUAAAGAUGACGGAGGUGAGGGAGGGGAGGCUGUGAUUGAGCGGAUUGGUGAUCCGGAGUUGGUAGAGGAAAUGGUGGGAAAUGACGGUGAGGAUACCAAUGUCGGUGAACUUGUGGAAUCCGAGAAGGAUGAGGAUGAAGGUGACGAGAUUAUGGUAGGAGCGGAAGGCAAACCUGAAGAUGAGAAGGAGACGGUGAAAGAGGAGGAAGACGCUGAGGUGUUGAAAGUCGGUGAUGAUGGAGGCGUUCUCUCGUCGCCUGUUGUUCUUGUUCAUAACGAUGGAGGAGAUGCAAUGACAGAUCAAUCUAAAAACGAUGGUGGUCUCAAUGUCCGAUCGGAAGAUGUUGAGAAUGUUCAGGGAAUGGUCGGUUCUGAUGUUAGAAACGAUGGUCAUGUAGAUGCGCAGGUUGAAAACAUUGAUAAUCUCCAAGAAGAUGAAGCAGUGGCAGAAGAACCAGUUGUUCCAGAAAUUGUUAAGGAAGAAGAUAAUGUUUCCGAUGAAGAUGUUAGAGAAGACCUGCAGGAGGAAGCAUCAGUGGCAAAUGAGGAGGCAGUUGAUGGUGUUGGGGAAAACGAGGAGGAAGAACCCAUGGAGGAAGACGAAGAGAAAUCCUUAGAUACCGACAUAGAGACUGAGAAAUCUUUAGACAUUGAAAUGGAGUCUGUGAAAUCCUUAGAUACAGAAAUGGAGACUGAAGAAGAAACAAACUUAGAAGAUGAAGAGAAAGCCCAAGAAGCAGAUAUUGAGACAGAACCUGAAUUGCCAGAGUCAUCUAAGAAAGACAGUGGAGGAAAACGGAAAAGAGGAGGAAAGUUCUCAAAAACCACCACAAGGAAAACAAUGGAGGAGGAUGUUUGCUUCAUUUGCUUUGAUGGUGGAAAUCUUGUGCUGUGUGACAGGCGGAAUUGCCCUAAAGCUUAUCAUCCUUCUUGUGUUAAUCGGGAUGAGGCCUUCUUCCAAUCUAAGGGUAGCUGGAAUUGUGGCUGGCAUCUGUGUAGUAUCUGUGAGAAAAAGGCUGAGUACAUGUGCUAUACUUGCACAUAUUCAGUGUGCAAAUCAUGCAUUAAAACCUCUGAUAUGUUAUGUGUUAGAGAGAAAGAGAAGAAAGGCUUAUGUGAAGCUUGCAUGAGAACUGUGAUGUUAAUUGAAAAUCCAGAAAAUCAGGAAAAUGCAAACUUUGAUGAUGAGAGUAGCUGGGAGUAUCUUUUCAAGGAUUAUUGGACUGAAACAAAAGCCAAACAUGACUUAUCUUUAUCCGAACUCAUCCAAGCUAAAAAACAAGAAUCUUCAAUCACACAAUCUGAUGUUAAAGACGAGGGUAAUUCAGACAAUCCACCCGUGAACCCAAGUGCAAGAAAGACAAGAAGACAAACAAAGAAGCAAAAAUCCGAUGCUAUUUCUGACGAUUCUACCCCUGAAUGGGUAUCAAAAGAACUUCUUGAAUUCAUAACCCACAUGAAAAACGGUGAUAGUUCUGUUAUAUCUCAAUAUGAAGUUCAAGAUCUUUUACUCGAAUACAUAAAAAGAAACAAACUUCGUGACCCAAAUAAAAAAAGUCAAAUCAUUUGUGACACAAGACUCGAAACCCUUUUUGGGAAAUCACGUGUGGCACAUAUUGAAAUGUUGAAGCUUCUAGAAUCUCACUUCUUGACAAAAGAAGAUUCUCAGGUAGAUGAUUUUCAGGGGAGUGUUGUUGAUGAUGAUGAAACUAAUGAAACCCUAGGAAAAGAUCAGAAAGAUAAGAAAAGGAAAGGGAGGAAGAAAGGGGAUAAAAGAGAACCACAAACCAAUCGUGAGGCUUAUGCCACAAUUGACAUUCAUAAUAUAAAUUUGAUCUAUUUAAGGAGGAAAUUGGUGGAAGAUUUGCUUGAUGAUAUGGAAAUGUUUCAUCACAAAAUUGUUGGAACUUUUGUUAGAAUAAGAGUGUCUGGAGCUAAUAAGAAUCAGGAUAUAUAUAGAUUGGUGCAAGUCACAGGUACUAGUGAAGCAGCAGAAUAUACACUUGGGAAAAGGACAACAUGUGCUAUGCUUGAAAUCUUGAAUCUUAACAAAACCGAAAUAAUACCCAUCGAUACUAUUUCAAAUCAGGAGUUCACAGAGGAUGAAUGCAAGCGUCUGAGGCAGAGUAUAAAGUUAGGGCUUAUAAAUAGACUCACUGUGGGAGACAUUUUGGAUAAAGCCAUGGAACUUCAGGUGGCAAGAGUUAACGAUUGGCUUGAAACAGAGGUUGUGCGGCUUAAUCAUCUCCGUGAUCGAGCAAAAUGUGUAGAGAAAUUAAACCUUUUAAAGGGACCCGAAGAACGUGCCCGAAGGCUAGAAGAGUUUCCCUUAGUACAUGAUGAUCCUACUAUGGAUCCUGAAUAUGAAUCUGAAGAAGACACUAAAUCUGAUGAUAAUAAGAGACAAGAAUUAUACAAAAGAUCGGAUAGUUUCGGGUUCAACAAAAGAUUAAGGGAUCAAUUUUCUCCAAGAGGAGACUACAAUUACAGUUACAAUUCCAAUUCCAAAGAAUCUUGGAGUGGGACCCCACGGAAUUCCAGGAAAAAUUACGAAUUUACCCGAAACCACUCGAACAAAAACAUGUCAAGUUUCGAGAAUAUCGAAAAUUCACGAGAUCAUGAACAACGGGCCCCAUUUGUCCAACAACCAAUCAAAUCCGAGAAGCCAAAAUUGGUUGUUAAUAUAGAGACUUCCGUGUCGACCCGGAAAGUAAACGAAUCGGACAAAAUGUGGCAUUACAAAGACCCGUCGGGUAAAAUCCAAGGCCCGUUUUCGUUGGUGAAGUUGCGGAAUUGGAGCAAAAACGGGUAUUUUCCUGACCAUUUAAAAAUAUGGAAGAAAAACCUGAAAGAAGAGGAUGGAAUACUUUUGAGGGAUGCAUUAGAAGGUAACUUUCAAAAUAACCCAAACCCAACACCCGAAAAUAGACCCGGACCCGAUUUUGCUAACACACCAGUUAAAAGCUCCGCGGGUCAAUUACCAACACCAACACCAAAUACCGGUUCUACUUCUUUGGGCCCGCCUUUGGUUCCAUGUGGGAAUAACGACAUGAAUGCUGCGGGAACAUCGGUGGCUCCGGUUCCGGUUGCACCGGAGAACAUUGUGGCGGCAUCUGGCGGCAGUGUGGCGUUGCAGCCACAAAUGGUUCAGGCGGCGAUUGGUCAAAGUCAAAGUCAAAGUCAAAGUCAAAGUCAAAUUCAAAAUCCUCAGGGUUGGAAUGGUGGUGGUUCGCAAGUGAUUCCGAUGGCGGGGAUGGGGAUGCAACCGAUGGUGUAUAACCAAUGGAGCGGUGGUCCGGCCAUGGUUCAGGACCCCGCCGGAAACUUUUUGCCACAACCUAUGGCGGCGGUGGCGGCUCCACCGCAACAGUUUCCGUUUCCGGUCAAUCAGAAUAUGCAGCAACCGAAUGUAAAUUGGGGGACAAUGGGGAUGAAUCCGAACAUGGUGUGGGCUGGGCCGAACCCUGGAAUGACUUGGGGGCCCAUGGUUCAGGGCCCGCAAGUAACCGGGACCAUGGACCCAAAUUGGGUCCAGGUCCCGGGUUGGGUUCCUCAGCCUCCGGUUCCAGGGGUUGGAGUUGCUGCCCCGAAUCAAACCUGGGUUGCCCCUCCAAAUGGGAACCCUGGUUGGGUUGGACCGGUCCAAGGCGGUUGGAACCAGGGUAAUGUUAAUGUCAACACCGGGUGGAAUCAGGGUGGUGCACCAGGGACCAACAUGGGUUGGGUUCAAGGUGCAAUUCCAACACCAACUCCUACACCUACACCGGCACCAGCACCAGCACCAACUCCAAUUCCGACUCCAAUGCCGCCUGGAAAUAGCAACCAAAACUGGGGACCUCGGAAUCAGGGGAAUUGGGGUGGAAAUGAACGAGGUGGUUUCUCGGGACAAAGGCGGAAUCGGGGUUCGGGUUUCCAUGGUGGUAAUAAUCGAAGGAAUUACAAUAAUAAUAAUAACAAUAAUAAUAAUAAUAAUAAUAAUAAGCAAGAAUCGUUUCACAAAGACGGGAGGUUGUCGACGUCGUUCCAUGGAGGAUCAUCGGGUGAUUCUGCUCCCGCUCCUGCCCCUGCUCCUUCUGACCAGUGA